AUGAUUGAGGACGACAUCUACCGCACCUCGUCACAGUUUCGAAUAUGGUCAUAUACGAAACCAGCAUUGGAAUCCCUACGCACAAAAACAAACGAUAUUGCCAGUGAGCGCGUCCGAGCUGCACUGCAGCGAGCUCGUUCAACUCAGCCAUCAGCUACGCCCUCAACAGCUGGUACACCACAACCAGGAAGUGACGGGGACACAAAGAAACCAGAGGGCAAACAUAUAGAAUGCCUGACACCAGAGGAGGAGCUAAUUCUCGUCCGAUACUACUGCGAAAAAACGCUCGAGUUAGGCGAAACAUACAAGCCACCACUACCAACAAUGGUUCGCGCGACCGCAAUCCAAUACCUCCGACGCUUUUAUCUCACAAAUUCCCCAAUGACCUACCACCCCAAGUCAAUCAUGGCAUGCGCGCUCUUCCUCGCAACAAAAACAGACAACUACUACAUGUCCCUCCGACAAUUCGCAGAUGGAAUCCCAGGCGAAACAUCCCCGGACGACGUAAUCUCACCUGAGUUCCUACUCAUGCAAGGUCUCCGCUUCACAUUCGACGUCCGACACCCCUUCCGCGGUCUAGAAGGCGGCGUAAUGGAGCUCCAAGCCAUAGCAGACGGACAAGCCCCCCCAACCCCUCACAUCCCAAACCAAACAGCACAACAACUUCAACAAAACCUACAAUCAAUCGCGCCACCACCUGUUCCCUCCUCAUCAAUCACAGACCGUAUCGCCCGCGCCCACGGCACAACCCGCGAGACACUCAAAACCGCCGCCCAAAUGACAGAUGCUUACUUCCUCUACACACCCUCUCAGAUCUGGUUAUCUGCUUUUCUUCUCGCUGAUAGACCUCUAGCGGAGUUUUACCUUGAUUCUAAGCUCGGUGGACCACUCACUGAAACUGUUACCGAUGCGAUGGACACCGAUCUGAAGAACCCGCUUUAUGAACUUCGAACUAAGCUUUUUAAGGUUUUGACCGAGUGUUCUGCUCUUUUGGGGGCUUAUACGACGCUUUCGUCGGAUCCGGAUCAGAUGAAGGGGUUGAAGCGGAUUGCGAAGAAGCUUUAUCAUUGUCAGAAUCCGGAGAAGAUUAAUUUGAAGAGGGACUCUGGACAGCCUGUUGCUGUGGCGGGGGCUGCGGACUCGGGACAGGUUACUUCUGAAAGCGAGUCGGAAAGAUUGGCUAAGAAGCGGAAGUUGGAGCAGGAGCAAAAGGCGCGAAGUAGUGCUUCGGAUAUGUUUGGUCCGGAACUGGUUACUGAGAGGACUAAACAAUGA